CUGGCUAAGCCAGUUGGGUUUUCUCUCUCUUUCUCUCUCUCUACAUUUUGGUUCUACCUUUCUUAAAGCAAACACAUACACACACACACACUCUCUCUCUAUCUAUGUUUUUCAGUUUGUGUCUUUACGUCUGUCAGUGCGAGAUUGACCAAGUCAACAAAUCAAAGAUCAUCAUCACAUAUGGCUCUGGACGAUUCUGAAUAUGUUCUUGACCUCACCCUUCCUGUGCGUGUUCGUGCUCCAGAUACAAAUGACCCAUUAAAGACAAAUUACAAAGAGACUGUAAUUAAACGUUACUGCAAAUUUCAAAUUGAUCGUUCACCUCAAGCCUCAUUAUCAACCUCAAGCUCAUCCUCAUCUGAUUAUCAUAUUGAAAAUCUACGCCGAAGGAAAGUGCAUAAAUGUGACUUUGAAGGAUGUGAAAAAGUGUACACCAAAAGUUCCCAUUUAAAAGCUCACAAAAGAACUCACACAGGCGAAAAGCCAUAUACAUGUAAUUGGGAAGGUUGUACAUGGAAGUUUGCUCGUUCAGAUGAAUUAACACGCCAUUAUCGAAAGCACACCGGACAAAAACCAUUCAAGUGUCAACUGUGUCAACGGUCUUUUUCACGCUCAGAUCAUCUAUCUCUUCAUAUGAAAAGACAUUAACUAAAUAUAUAUUUUAAUUUUAUUUAAGUUAAAUUCACAAUUCAACCAAUCAACAAAUAAAACCAACCUACAAAAAACAAAUCUCCAAAAAUCAACUAUUGCCACUGUAACAAACAUCAUCAAAUCUCUCUUUUUAAAUCACAAAUGCUAAAAAUUACAUUAUUGUAACAAUGUGUGGUUAAAAAAUGUUAUCGUUUACAUUAUUAUUAUUAUUAUUAAACACAAAUGAACAUCAUUUUACAUGAAAA